AUGUCUAGCCAAUCUACUACAGAGAAAUGUCGGCUUUGCGAUCGAAAUAUCACUAGAAGCAACAACUUGAAGAGACAUCUUACUAAACAACACAAUGUUCACCAAAAUCGAGUUUCUAAUUUUUUCAGUGAAGCAGAAGACAAUGAACAGAAGGAGGAUGAUCAGCAAGAGGAAGACUCAGAUGAUCUGAUUGAAAGCGAUUUUGAGGAGACUCAAGAGGAGCAGUAUGAUUCUGAAAACGCCUUGUAUUAUUUGUUAAGAGACAGGCAAAAAGUUGCUGGUGAUGUUGAUGAGGAACAAGCAGAUCAGGAUAUUAGCAUGAUAGAGUCUGUAAUCAACGAGCAAUCAGAAUGGAAUCACCUCAAAAGUGCAACAUUUCCUUUUGCAAAUAUUGAAAGCAUGAUCAUGCACGCACUCGUAGAAGGUGACAAUGACAGAUGUCUGAAGAGCGUCUCAAGAUGGAAGAACACUUCGUCUUCUAAGACUUGA